UCGUGAAAGAAUGAAGGCGCAUUUUCCAGAGUGUGCGCUCUCUGUGGACUCGCUUCUUCCUUUCCAGGAUAUGGAGGCGCAGAUCAUAAAUGUGUGCCGGGCCUUGAUCCCGGAGCUUCAAGACGCCGAUGAUUCAGAUUUUGACGUUUGCCGGAUCAAUGGAGGGAUCACAAACAUUAUGGCUAAAGUUUCCAAGAAGGAUCAAUCUGUUGUUGUCCGCGUGUUUGGUCCUGCCACCGAGGGUGUGAUCGAUCGGGAUCGAGAAAUCCAGGCAACCUGUCAUUUUUCGCGAGCUGGGUUUUGUCCAGAGCUCAAAGGCGUCUUUAAAAACGGGAUCAUUCAAACGUUUGUCACGGCAAGGACGCUCACACCUGAAGAUUUUCUGGACGAUGCAGUCGUUGCAAAAGUUGCAAAAGAACUUCGACGCCUUCAUCAGCAAGAAGUUCCGGGCGAGAAGGAACCCAUGGUCUGGACCGAGAUUAACAGAUACUUUGAGCUCGCGUCUGCUGUUACCAAGUUUGAGAAUCCAGAAAAUCAAAGGAAACUGGAGGCGGUGUCAUUUGACGAGCUAAGGCAAGAGAUCAAUACAUUGAAGGAAAUCGGCGCUCGCUUGAAGGGACCUGUCGUCUACGCACACAACGAUUUGCUUCCCGGCAAUGUCAUGGUUGAUGCGCAAGGGAAGUACUAUUUUAUCGACUUCGAGUACAGUGGAUAUAACUAUCGUGGAUUUGACAUUGGAACUCACUUCAACGAGUAUGCCGGACUCGAUUGCGACUUUUGCGCCUAUCCAAGCAAAGACCGGCAGCUAAACUUCUUGAGGCACUAUUUGCGACCAGAUGAUCCUGAGAAGGCGACACAUGAAGAACUGGAAGAGCUGUUUGUUGAGGCAAAUUUCUACGCGCUUCCCGCUCAUAUUACAUGGUCGGCUUGGGCAAUUGUCCAGGCAACAUCUUCAGCAGCAAUCGACUUUGACUACAUGUCAUACUUUUUCAAGCGGAUGAAGAUGUAUAGAGAGCAAAAGGCGAAGUUUUUGCCGGUGGUGAGAGGCUUCCUCGCUGGUAAAAGCAAGUAGCAUAUGGUUUGGAUCUUGAUCUCGUGCAUGGGAACAUAAGCUCUCGUUUUUAAGCUUGGCUGACAGCUACUUCUGGAAUGAGUGGAAACUUAUCCCUUCGUA